AUGUCCUCACAUAUGAAGUUGGCAGGCUACACUGCCAACUACAAGUACGCUCAGGUGGAUGAAGAUUGUCAGACGUCUGAAAAACGUGUUCAGCUCUACCAUGGUUUGAAAAAUGAAGAGAUGAAGGCCUUGUGGGGGAACCAUGGGGGAGCUCUGUCCAAACAAUUACAUCCGCCAAUUCCGUUCAGCAAAGCUGAGAAGAAGUACCUAGAAGACUUAACUGGCAGAAUGCCUCUCUUCCUUCGAUUGCUGGGUGACACUACGCCCGAAAGCAGAAUCCAGCUAACCAUCGAGGCGCAGGGACCUCUCGGUCUUGCCGACAUCGUCAAAGCCCGUGGAUCUCCCGAUCUUGCUGAAAUUCCGCCACGGCUCACCCAAAUUUACGACCGUGUUUGGAAGUCCGACGAAGUUCUGGAUGCUGGAGCUUCCGAUCUCCUAGACUCGCGGUACUUUUUCGUUGAUCGGGAAGGCAUUGGGCAUGCUACCUGCGGCUUUUCCUGGCAGGUUGCCAAGGGUUUACUCCUUAACGUUUUCAAUAUCAGCGACUUCCCCGAUACGCUGUGGGAGGCCAACUUGAUACUCAGUGGUGGCAAGAAUCGAUCCGUGCUAGGUUUCCAUGUCGAAUGCCUCGUCCUCAGAAAGAUUAUCAAUGAGGGGUGUCCGGCAGCAGGCCCAGGGUUUGAGGGCCGCGGGAGUCAUUCGGUUUUCGGGGAAGACCUGCCGCCGCCGGUGAAUGAUGAUUUCGAGGGCUGGAGGCUGUAUAUUCCAUCAGCCUACAAUUUCCGACCCGUCGAUGGCAUCCUGGUGUAG